AUGCCUUCCAACGACAACGACAAUAUUUUUACUAAGCUUAAAAAGCAAGUUCAUAAGCUUAACCAUCACAGUCAAGAUUCGGGUGCAAAAUUAGAUGAGCAAGAAAAGCUGAGAAUCAUUGAUUCGAUCGAUGCUCCUCCCGAGUUCACAAAUGAACCUCAAAUCACUGACCGUAAAGCUGACUUAGCUCAGCCUAUUCAUAAUGUGUAUGAACCUUCAGAUUAUGCCACUAACAGUGAAUAUGAUCCCCAUAUUAUAAAGAGAACUGCUAUGGGCAAUCUUCGUGAUAACCCUCCAGUGUACUCUACUGAACCUGUUCCACAAGAUGUCUUUACAGAUUAUACUAAUGAAAAAGAGACAACUGAUAAAGCAGUUGUAGAUCCACAUCCUGAAUUAUCAAAAAAUGAUAAUCCCUUAUAUACAGAUGAUGCUGAAUUGAGAGCCGGUGUAGGACUGUUUUUUAAAGCAAAGGAUACUCAAGGUGGUUUAAGUGAUAAUCUUCAACCUGGCGAGGAAGCUACUAAGGCAGUUAUGAUGACUAAAAAGCAGAGAAAAUUGAUGGAAUCUAGAUUACAAAAACAUGCCAUUUUAUCUGAAAAUAAUUCAAAUCCUGAAGAGGACGCUAUUACGAAAGUGCAUCUUGCAGAAGCUAGAAAGGCAGUAGAUGUUAAUACAACUAAACCUUAUAUUGAGCGAGUCGUUGAAGGUGAUGAUAGAAGAGAAAAUCCAAAAGCCGUAGCUGAGGAAUAUGAUGCAAUACCAGGGGUUCCUUCUGGAAAGAGUUACUUGGACCUGGAGGACGAGCAAACUAACAAGAAAUCCAUUGAGAAAUCAAAACUCCAGUCUAAUGAACGUUCUGGGAACCGAAACACGGAGUCAUAUUUUUCUAAAGCUGGCGGAGUAUCUUUGUUAAAUCCUAAUUUAAGAGACAACACUGUUGAUGAAAACGCUUCAACUAAAACUCUUGAUAAUGAAUCUAUUUCAACUCCUAUCCCACUUGAAGGUGAAGAAGAGAAACUGAAACUGACUAAAUCAUUUGCAACUCGAAUUCCUUUGAGUGGUAUUGCCGGUAUUGGAGCCCCAGCUGCUUAUGGCUCUGCUACUUCUGGCCCUCCUUCUUCUACUGGUAAUGAUGGUUUAAUACAUGAAAAUGCAAGGCAUGAUUUACAUGAUCACCAAGUAGUGCUAGACUCUGAAACAGGAGAUAGCGAAAAGAAGUGUCUUGAUAUAGUGCAAGGUCUUCCAGGUGCCUACGUGACUAAAAGUAACUAA